UACUCUCCCAAUUUCAUUUUCGCACCCCCACCAUUCCCAGCUCCAGUUUUUCCAUUUUCUCCCUUCUUCUUCUUCUUCCUCCUCCUCCUUUCUCUCUCGCUCUCACUGCCACCACCUCCUCCUUCUUCCUCCACCAUCAAAACCCUUUUCUCACAUCACAAUAAAUCCCCUCCUAUAAGCUCGAACCUCAACCUACCAUCUCUACACCCAACCAGACUCAGAACCACUACCCUCUGCACCUCCCUACACUAGCCAUUUUUUUUAUCUGGGUUUUUAUCUCUUCCUCCUUCUCUUUCUCUGUAUUACUUUUUCUCCCAAUAUUCAUAGGCAAAUUAGAGUUCUGAGAGCUCUAAUUUGAUUACAAGUCUGUGGGCUCCUCCCUCUCCUCAGCCUCAGCAAUCAGUAUGGUUGAUUGCACCCUGCUGAUCUUUGGCUUGUUGGCUUUCGCCGCUUUCCCGUUGUCUUCUUCAGAUCCGAACGACGAGGCCUGUCUCAUCAAUCUAAGCCAAUCUUUAGAAGACCCAACUAAUUCACUCCAUAACUGGACCCAAUCCAACCUUGCUAACCCUUGCAAUGGCUUCAACUCUUACAUUCAUGGUGCCACUUGCAACGGCGGCCGUAUUUACAAACUUUCCCUCAAUAAUCUCUCCCUCCGCGGUACUAUUUCUCCUUUUCUUGCCAACUGCACAAAUUUACAAGCCCUCGACCUCUCCUCCAAUUUCCUCACUGGUCCCAUCCCUUCCGACCUCCAAUAUCUCGUUAAUCUCGCUGUCCUCAACCUCUCCGGUAAUCGUCUCACCGACCAGAUCCCUCAGGAGCUCGCAUUUUGUGCUUAUUUGAACGUUAUCGAUCUCCACGACAAUUUGCUUACCGGUCAGAUUCCCCAGCGAUUGGGUCUUCUCGUUAGGCUCUCCACUUUCGAUGUCUCUAAUAAUCGUCUCUCCGGACCAAUCCCCUCCACGCUCGGAAAUCGAAGUGGGAAUUUACCCAAAUUUAAUGCCUCUUCCUUUGAAGGCAACAAGGAUCUUUACGGCUACCCUUUGGCGCCAUUGAAGAACAGGGGCCUCUCCAUCAUCGCCAUUGUUGGAAUCGGUUUAGGGAGUGGACUCGUUAGCUUGGUACUCAGCUUCACCGCCGUUUGUAUAUGGCUGAAAAUUACCGAGCGGAAGAUGGUGGUUGAAGAAGGAAAAAUUAGUCAGCUCAUGCCCGAUUAUUGAUCUUAAUCACCCAUUUUCAAGCAGAGAUUAACGAGUUUGUAAUUCUUGAUAAAAUUUCUGUUCAGGUAUAUACCAUUUCCCCUCUUUUUUUUCCUCUCUCUUUCUCCCCCUUCCUAAACCAGUUAUGGUUUAGUCCUUUUCUUUUGCCUUUUGUAAUUGGGAGAUGCUCUCUCGAUUCAACAUCGGAGAGGGAUCUUUUUUCCUUUUUCUUUUUCAUUUUUUUUUUUUUUUUUUUUUGCCUCUCACCUUUUUAGCCAUUUUCUUCCCAAAACAAUCAACAAUGUAAAAAAAAAAAACCCAUUGGUUAAAAUCAAGAUGCGCUCCCAUUUUCUUCCAUCU